ACAAGCAGGUGUACAUGUCACGCUGUUGGUUUACCUGUAUAGACAGUUACCUGUAGACAGACUUACGACAGCUCUUCAAGUAAUUUACUAAAGGACUUGACUCACAAUCUAAAAUUAAACAUUUUGGAAAUCUCCAAUAUAUUCACAACUUUAGGUCACCCGGAUGGUUGACCUGAGGUUCACUGGAAACAAAUUAGAGACCAAUGAAAAGUGUGGUUAACCGCGCUCUACACGGACUAAGUACUCGGGUUUGCUGUAUAGACUACCGUGGAGGUAUACACGUUAGAGGAAGUACGAGUAAAUAUAAGGUGUCACAUUGAUUCCAAGACAACUACGAGGACAGUUUGGCCACUUUUGUUGAUAUAAGAUAUACUUGUAUGAGUAUCUAUUCAAACUUGAAUGGAAAACCUUCCAUUUCAAAGAUAUCAAGAAAAAUGCUCGAAGAAAAUAUCGUAGGAAGAUUGCUUUAUUUAUAAUGGUUUUAUUGUAAAGGUGAUGUUAUAACAAUGCCAUUCAAACUGAACUAUUUGCUGUGUGGGGUACAUAAAGAAGAGGAACGUUCUAACAAAAAGAAGAAAAACAGAACAAACAAAAAAAAGAAGGAAAAACAACACACGUUAAAACCAGAUAAAUCAGAAAGUGUGGUGACGUCACCAGGCCCAGAUACAAUAGAUCAGAUUAUUCUUAGGAUUCCUGAUCCAGAUAUAAGAGAGCGCCUUCAGCAAUGGCAAACUGAGAAUAUCCUGGAACAAGCGGGAAAAGAAAGCAAAGAAAAGGAAUUCAGGAGAGAGCUAGAAGAAAGACUUUGCGAAUCGGAUACAGAGAAAAGUGAACUCUUGGAUAUUAAAAACGAGGAAAUAGACGGACUAAAUCAGAAACUGCAAGAUGUUCGAGAGGAAUUUGAGUCUACUAAACAGGAACUGCAAGCGACCAGAGGAGAGAAAUGUCGCUUAGAAUCAAUCGUGAGAAGUCUUCAAGGCAAACCCUACCUUCCUCUGUGUCGGAAAGAUCCAACCAACAGUAACCUUGUAGAGGCCCUGGGCAAACUUGUUCUACCACUACAGGAAAAGCAACGGCAGGAAUCCCAGUUUACUAAAGAGGUCAAAGACGCCAUGCGUUUGGUUGAAAAUUUCAUAGGGCCGAGGUGGAAGGAAUUCGCCCGUGAGAUCGAUCUACCAUUGGAAAUUAUUGAGGACAACGAUAUGGCUCCUGAUCAACGUCAAUCAGAAAUAUACUGGAGGAUUAUGUCCGAGUGGCAAAAACGAGAAAACAUUACUGUCACAAAAAUGGCAACAGUCUGUCAACAACUCGGUAUUAAUAUUUGCUUGGAUAAGCCCAUGUCAGGUCAACACAAACGUGUACUGGACAAGAACCGUGAACGAGUUAUUCACGAUGUGUACCCGGAGCUAGCACUGAAUCACAUGCUCAAGUAUCUGUCCAUACCGGCCAGUCUCAGGGAGUAUGUGACGUCAACUGAAAAACGAUAUGUAAUGGCGGAAAGAUUACUGGACAUACUACCUGUUCUAGGGGACCAAGCUUUUACAGUCUUCACACUUGCACUGAGUAAUACAGGACAGGAGGAAAUAGCAGAGCAACUGUUUGAGAAUCCGAUGCCAGAAGAACACAAACUUGUCCUACGCAAAUUUGAAAACACUUUGAUAAGCUAUAGUGAUUCUGACCGCCUGGUAUCGGGCAUGGCGAGGUACGUGACCAUACCAGGGUGUAUCCAUGGUUACCUACUGGAGUCUAACACCAGGGACAACAAAAUGCGACGCCUUCUGGAAAUACUGCCCUGUUUUGGACACCAGGCUUUGGACACCCUCAUUAAGGCACUAGACGACACUGGAUUUAAACAGGUGGCCUCAAUCCUCAAAGACAAGACUGGAGAACUUCUGAAACUGACAAAGCAGGAAGCCUCCACCCAGGUGUCGCCAGAAGAUGUUUAUGAGAGCGAGGAACUCCUAUGGAAGGACGACUACUACACGCGUGAGAUUAUGACCAAGGAGAUGGAGGCCAACGCAGCUAUGUUUGAAACCAGCAUAGAGCAGCAGGUAAACAUGGACUACAGGAGUCCAAAGCCGAUUGAGAUUCUAAAUAACAUGGACAUGGUGCGGGUCCGGUACACGGCCCGUGGUACUGAGCUGGAAUAGGUACACGCUGUGUAUAGCUGUGUAGAUGAACAAUGAUAUUGUCAGUUAUACAGUGACCACAGAAAAUGUCUCUUAGUGACGAAUUGUCCCGCUCUUUGUAGUUGUCAGACAUUUCUCAACGGUUGCAUCGUCACAAUGAACAAUAGCCGUGUUUGUAUAAUCAGAAUUUAAAUAUUGAAUGCACUGUGUAGCUAUCAUUAAGUUACAGUCUCAUUGAAAUCAUCCGUUAGAAAAUGUCUUCCAAAACGCACACGGUAAUCAUAUACAUAUGUACAUACGUUACGUCAUGAUAAUCAUUAAUAGUUACCUGUUGGAGACACUGCAUCUCUAACCAAACUCUUCUCGAUUAUGUUACGUUGUAUGUGAAAAUGAAACAAAGGUACCACAAAAAUAUAAACUUUAUUUAUUUAACAACAAUUAUGAAACAAGUUAUUUC